AUGCCACUAAAGACUCGGUCGAGUCAUCUGCGCCGCUUGAACCUCAAUCAGGAGUUGUCCUACCUUCGCAAGAACAUGUGCUAUGCUACCCCGUAUGCCUACUACGCGUACUACAAGAACUAUGUGCAAGACAGGGAUGACUCAUGUUUCGUCGAAAGGCAGCUCUGUCAGCCCAAGAAUAAAGUGGCAAAGUUCAACUACGCAUUCAGAGGCGCUGACGGACAAAUAGUCACCCGGUACAAUCAAGACUACUUUCUCAAAUCCAGCCCGGGGUAUAACGUCAGCAACGUUCAGUACUAUCCACAUCCAAACGGGGCGUACUCUCCAUUCCCUGUUCUUUACAUGAAGUGUGGCAACUGCGUCAUCUAUAACGAUCUUCAACUUAGAUAUGACACCUGCCACUUCUUGGUGGUGGAUCCUGACAACAUUGAUCCGUGCUGCCUGGAGAUGUACGACUACCUUUGUGGCCCGACGAAGAUUUCUCUCUACGACAAAUGCAACUGCGCCGAUGUCUACGCAGCCGUGCAGUCGACUUAUUAG